AUGACUAAUAAUUAUACCAGAGAUCAACUGUGGGGAGAUUGCCUAGAUUAUGAUGUUUGCCAAAGGCAUAACACGCUGAGAGAUCCAUGGCGUAAUAUUGGCUUUAGCGCCACUUUCCCUGGCAGACCAAGGAAUGAUCUUAACCUGAAGGAGGGGUGGUACAGCUUCACUGGUGUUGGAGGCGAUCGCAUGGUCUAUUCCUGCCCCAAUACCAACUCGACCCCAAUGCUUUCCUCUCUCUUUUCCAAUAGCAGCAGUUCAACACAAUUUCAACUGUAUACAUGUGAUGCACUUUACUGGAGUACUGGCGUCCAAUGUGCUCAGCAGAACAUUACCUCUCUGGACUGUGGUGGAGGGCUUAUCCUCUACUAUCUUGUCCCAACCAAUGGAUUGUAUGCCUCACGACAUUCAUCCUGCAGAAAUUCGUCCUGUGGUGAGCACGCACAGUGUGGUCUCCCUUAUGGCAGCUGUGUGUGUAAAUCUGGACUCUCCAUUCCCGAUGCCUACCUGCCCACAGGAGACUCGUAUGAAUGUACAGAACUUAUUAUCAAAGAGAGUAAUGACUGCAAGACACUGUUUACAGCAGACUGUGCACAGGACGUCCUGAGCCAGUUUCAGAAAAGCACGGCUACUGUGAUUUCAGAGAAUGUUGUAGUACAGUAUCUGAUGAAGGUGCAGACCGCUACCGAUAUCCUGAGAAAUGCUACUACUGACCAAAGGAAGCUGGUGUCUUAUGGGAACUCGGUACUCAAUGCCAAUGAAAGACUGCUGUCCAUGCUGGUGCUGAACUCACCGGCAGAUUACUCCAUCAAGAUGGAUCUGGAGACUUUAGAGGUUCAACUACUUGCGAUUGGACCUGAAACUAGAACUACUCGACAACUCAUCACAAGCAACGCUUACUUGGAUAUCGAUCUCGCUGAGAUUUCAAAGAACAAUAACGGAUCAGCUGCCGUGGCUUUCACCAGUUACAGCAACUUGUCGGGUAUGCUGAGCCCCAGCCUGUUCAAUUCAAACCUGGACACAGAGAAAACCAUGAUGUCCUCUGUGGUGUCAGCAACACUGCUUAAAACCAACAACACCCAGCUCACCAAACCGGUCAACUUCACCCUGAAACACACUGCAGACCUUAAACCUAAUGGAAACCUCUCCUGCGUGUAUUGGAAGGACACUGAAUGGGUUGUAGACGGCUGUCAAACUAUUCAAAUUAUCCCCAAUGGCACCUACACUGUGUGCUCCUGUGUUCACCUGUCGACCUUCAGCCUCAUCAUGGAAACCAAAAAAGUUUAUUUUACUGUGAACUCUGGAGGGGAUCUUGUGGCCCAGAUUCUCAACAGCAACUUCACAGUAUUGCCAAAAUAUGUUGUGGUUGACAUUUUGUCAAAGGUGAUGAAUGAUGGUGUGAUAAAUGGAGCACCUAACCAAAACAAUGUGGAGCAUGUUAAUACUAUAUUGGCUGCCACUGAGAAACUGGUGUCUGCACUGGUCACAUAUACAGCAACCUAUAGCGUCACACCCAUAACUCUUCCAAAUUUAGAGGUUCAGCUAUUCACAGUCGGACCGAACGCCUCCUUGACAGAAAUCCCUCCACUCAGCACAAGUACAGCUUACUUGGAUAUUGAUCUCAUUGGGAUUUCAAAAAACAACAAGGGAUCAGCUGCUGUGGCCUUCAUGAGUUACACCAACGUUACAAACAUGCUGGAUCCCAACUUAUUUCUAACAGCUGAACACACUGAGAAAACCUUGAUGUCCACGGUGGUGUCUGCCACUCUGCUGAAAACCACCGACACACAGCUCAACACACCGGUCAACUUCACCCUGAAACACACUGCAGACUUUAAAGCUGAUGGUAAUAUCUCCUGUGUGUACUGGAAUAACACCAAAUGGACUGUAGAUGGCUGUUACCUCCUCCAAUCCAACAGCAGCCACUCUGUGUGCUCCUGUGUUCACCUGUCAACCUUCGCUCUCAUCAUGCAGACUAAACCACCCCAGGAUGACUCUUCCUUUGAGCCGUUCAACACAGUGGCCGUGGUACUCGGUCUGGUGUUCCUGAGUUUGGCUCUCUUGACUUUCGUCCUUUGUCGGCGAAUCCUGAGAGUGAACAACAAUGCCCGGAUCAACUUGUGCAUCAGCCUGUUUCUGGCUCACUUUCUCUUCCUGCUCACCCAGAGUUUGUUGCAGUACAUUCAGACGAACAAGCUGCUGUGUGCAGUGCUGGCAGGUGUUCUGCACUUCCUCUUCCUCUCUGCUUUUGUGUGGAUGUUCAUUGAAGCUGUGCUGCUCUUCAUCUCCGUGAAGAACCUCAAAAAGAUCAGAUCAAAGCAGAAGGAGGUGCUUAGCUGGAAAUUUCUGCUAGUGAUUGGAUACGUCAUUCCUCUGACUGUGGUGGGCGUGUCUGUUGGACUGUUUCCUGAUGGCUACGGCAGUCAACAGUGCUGGAUUAAGACGGACCGGGACUUCGUGUGGAGUUUUCUGGGUCCUGUGUGUUUUAUUCUUACAGUCAACCUGAUCCUCUUCAUCGCCAUCAUCAUCACCCUCAGAUCUGCCCUGGUGGGACGGAAUAGUGAACUUUCCCAAAUGAAACAAAUGAGAAUUCUUGUCUUUAAAACCCUGAUCCAGAUUGUCAUCCUCGGCUGUCCCUGGAUUCUGGGGUUCUUUGUAAAUGGCAGUAAAAUGUUGAUGAUUGUCUUCCUGUUCCUCAACUCCCAGCAGGGCACCUUCAUCUUCCUGGUCCAUUGCAUCUUCAACCAAGAGGUCAGACAGCAAUACAAGAAGUGGAUGAAAUCAUUUCGCCCUUUCUUCAAAAAAUUGGAUUUAACAAGCAGCCAGAUGACACUGAACGGAUCUCCAUCACAUUCACGCUUAAAUUAAAGCUUCAGAGUAAGAUCCUUAAAAAAACCACCAUAAAAUGUAAACUAGCACUGUUGCAGAACAAGAUUCAGCUUAGUCCAAGGUUGGAAAGGACCAGGCUGACAAAUUCAAACCAUAAUUAAUAAUGAAAUGAUGUAUUUUUAAAUGUUUUGCACAAUUUUGUUUUGUUUACAUUUUUGUG